ACAGCACCAGCAGCAACACUCACUCAAACUAUGGCAGAGACUCAUCUUCAAGGAGUGGAAAUUUCAGCUUCUCAGUUUCUAGAAAUCUGGCAUCAUUAUGAUUCAGACGGGAACGGUUUUAUUGAAGGCACAGAGCUGCAGAACUUUAUAGAGGAGCUUCUGCAAGCAAGGAGGAAGGCAGGACUGGAGUUAUCAGAUAAAAUGAAAGCCUUUGUGGACCAGUAUGGACAGAAUAGUGAUGCAAAAAUUGGCAUAGUAGAGCUUGCUCAGAUAUUGCCAACUGAAGAGAAUUUUUUGUUAUUCUUCAGACAGCAGUUGAAGUCAAGUGAAGAGUUCAUGCAGACAUGGAGAAGAUAUGAUACUGAUCACAGUGGUUUCAUAGAAACUGAUGAGCUUAAGAAUUUUCUUAAAGAUUUAUUAAAGAAGGCAAACAAACCUUUUGAAGACUCAAAAUUAGAUGAAUAUACGCAUACAAUGCUCAGAAUGUUUGAUACCAAUAACGAUGGAAAACUUGGACUUACAGAAAUGGCAAGGUUGCUCCCUGUACAAGAGAAUUUUCUACUAAAAUUUCAGGGAGUCAAAAUGUGUGGAAAAGAAUUCAAUAAAGUUUUUGAGUUAUUUGACAAGGAUGGCAGCGGAUACAUAGAUGAAAAUGAAUUGGAUGCCUUGCUGAAAGAUCUUUGUGAAAAGAAUAAAAAGGACCUCGACAUUAACAGUCUUCCAACAUACAAGAAAGGCAUCAUGGCCUUGUCAGAUGGGGGAAAGCUUUACAGAACAGAACUGUCUCUAGUUCUCUGCGCUGAUGAGAACUAGCAACUCCAAAUCCUUCCCACCAAUAAUAGCUCUACACUGUAUCUACUGUGCACUAUGAGGAAUUAGGUCCAAUGCUCUUUUUUUAUCUGUAAAUCUAACUGCAUAUAGAUUAUUAGCCAGAAUGUGCUGCCUUUUUUUUUUCUUUUUUCAUUAUUUUUCUUUUUGGUUUGUUUCUAUACUGUUUGUAAUGUACAGUUUUUGUAACUAUAUGAGAACACAGAAUUGUCUAUGUUUAGAAGCAGAAAGAAUAUUGGAAAAAAAUCAUUUAUAUCCUAAAUAUGAUCAAGAUAAUCUUAUGGGGAAAUUAUGCUUUGAUCACAUCCAUUUAGAAAGAUAUAUUCUAAACAGUUAUAAAUGACAAAAUGAUAUAAUAAUAUUCUAUUACAAUUGUACAUCUUGGUGAUUUAUUAACAAUGUAGCAAGUCACUGAACUUUAUUUUAUAUAAAACCUCCCUAAAGAUAUGUUUAAAUAUUGCAAAGCAAAUUGCAUCAUAUAGUAUCUAUUUUAAAUUAAUUCUACUUACAAUUCUAUAUAGGACCGUAUAAAUAAAAAUGAAUAUUAACAAAUUUGCCUAUUUUAAGAAUGAAAAUAUGUAACAGCAAUCCUUAUACAAACCUUUGUAUUCAGUAUAGUAAGCAAUUUCAGAUUAUGCAUGUUAAACUUGUUUUGAAGCCGGAAUGUAAGCACUUUUACUAUCUCACUUAAUAUGAUUAUAGGAGUAUUGACCUGUAAUUCUGCCUGGUACGUAUUUUUACAAUUUGGUUCUAUGAUGUGAAAGCAAAAGAAUAUUUGUACCAAUGCAAGAGCAGGCUGGUUGAUAUAUGGUACCACUGAUAUCUAUAACACAUGAAUAUUCCAAUAAACUAAAAUACUGUAAAGAUAUCUCAUACAAAUGACAAGCAUCAAUAUAUUUUCUCAAUUACUUCCACUGAUUUGCAAAUUGUAGUUACUCUACUGAACUGAUGUUUACGCACCAUGUUCUCUGUAUUCUCAAAUUAAAUGCCAUGUUCAAAACUAAA